AUGGAUAGUUACUCCCUCGUUCGUUCUGGGAAGUUAAAGUUAAAAGGUGAAAAACAUAAGAAAAAACACUCAAAGCGUCCUAACUCAAAGAAAACAAGACAAAACACAGAUGAAAGACUGGAAGAUGCCAAUGCUCAUGGUGGCUUUUGGGCAGUGAAAGACAUUGCGGACGUGGCCGAUGCAGUGGCUAUCCAGCUGAACAGCUGGUCUAUAAGGAGUGCAAAUCAGGAGGCUGUUGCAGAUUGUUCCGAUACCGGGGAGUCGGAAACGAACAUUGGAGCUGAGCGAUCGCAUGCUGCUGUCCGGUACUUAUCUGCCACUGACGAAGGUUUAAUUGUGGUUGGACCACCGCGCAGAUUUCAGGAACCGCCCGCACCUGAAGAAAUAUUGACUGCUAUCAAGGUAUCUGAUACAAAGAUUGCCUUCAAGUCGGGGUACGUAAAUGUUCCGUAUAAUGUUUCCCAUGUUGAUGAUGUUACAUAUGAAACCUUCGAGUCAUGUCUCCAACGGCCUUAA